UCUUCCUAAUCAAGAUUUAAACGACAGUAUAAAAUGGAAAGUGUAAUUGAAGAAGAUAUUGUGAUUGUGGGAGCUGGAAUUGCUGGACUGACAACAUCCUUGGGACUUCAUAGAUUGGGUGUUAGAAGUUUGAUAUUGGAAUCUUGGGAUGGUUUGAGAGUGAGUGGUUUUGCUUUAACAAUAUGGGAAAAUGGUUGGAAGGCAUUGGAUGCUGUCGGUGUUGGAGACAUCCUCCGCCAUCAACAUCUCCUUCUUCAUGGGAAUGUGACUACUUCUAUGAUUACGGGUCAACAAACAUCAACUACAUCUUUCAAGGACAACAAAGGAAAAUAUGGAGCCCGUGAAGUUCGUUGUGUUAAAAGGCAGUUACUGUUGGAAGCCCUUGCCAAUGAGCUUCCAAGUGGAACCAUUAGGUUCUUGUCAAAGGUGGUUGCUAUUGAAGAUUUGGGCUUCUCUAAGAUACUCCAUCUUGUUGAUGGAACAACUAUCAAAACCAAGGUAUUGAUUGGGUGUGAUGGAGUAAACUCUGUUGUGGCAAAGUGGCUAGGGUUGAAGAAGGCCUCUUACACAGAGAGAUAUGCAACAAGGGGUUAUGCAGACUUGAAGAACACUCACCAGCUUGAGCCAAUUUUCAUGCAGUACUUUGGCAAAGGUUUUCGAGCUGGAGCUAUUCCAUGUGACCAAAAGGGUGUGUACUGGUUUUUUACAUGUAUCAGUCAAGAUGAAGAGUUAGCACAAGACCCUGCUAAACUGAAACAAUAUGUGCUAAACAAGCUAGAGAAGAUGCCAAGUGAUGUUAGAAUUUUCAUAGAAAAAACUGAAUUACAUGCUUUUCAAUCAGCUCCAUUGAGAUAUAGAAAACCUUGGGAACUCAUAAUGGGAAAUAUUAGCAAAGGAAAUGUUUGUGUUGCUGGUGAUGCUUUACACCCUAUGACACCUGAUCUUGGCCAAGGGGGGUGUUGUGCUUUAGAGGAUGGGGUGGUUUUAGCAAGGUGUCUAGCUGAGGCAUUUUCCAAUAAAUCAAUAAAGGAAGAAAAAGAAGAAGAAGAAUACAAAAGGAUUGAGGAAGGUUUGAAGAAAUAUGCAAAUGAGAGAAGAUGGAGAUGCAUUGAUCUCAUUGCUACAUCUUAUAUUGUUGGUUCUAUUCAGCAAAGUGGUUCCAAAUUUGUUAACUUCUUUAGGGAUAAAUUUUUGGCUUCAUUCCUAGCUCUUAUGUUACUAAAGAAGUCAGAAUUUGAUUGUGGACAACUAAAAUAGCUCUAUUUAGUGGCACAAUUAUCUUGCAGUUAAUAAUUGUUGUUUUGAUAAUCUUGGGAAGUAUAAUAUAAUAAUGUUGUCAUAGACCAAUCAUAGUUAUGUAAGACUCAUUUCACCAAAUAAAAGAGAUAAUGUUAUAAAAAGAGGAUUAGAUUGGCUCUUA